AUGGUCCCGUGCGCCCAAGGUCGCGUCAUAGUGGAGACAGCGCGGCCAGCUUUACCGUACUUCGCCACAUGCACCAGCUACCGUCGCCAGGUGCCAAGUACCAGCACACCGAACGAGAUAGCUGCCAGUGUUUCCGGCACGUCGUCGAGCACCACACAAACGGACCAACAAUCGACCGGUUCUAGCAGCAACAGGGGCGCCAUCAGCAAGAACGCGUUGUUUUCGGCUCACAGUAUCGCGGCAAGGCCGGAAGACCUCGGUGUAAUACCCUGGCACUUGGAGGAUUACACGACUAUCGAUUCCUCGCCGGGACUCGUAGGCGAUCGGAGCUCGUACCCCUCGUACCCGCGCAUGGACACGGAAAUGAAGGCUGACGCCACGUCUACGAGGAACAGCAGCAUCGAGAGUGAGCUACCACGACCGUCCACGGUAAGCGCCGCGCCCAGGAAAGCGUAUAUGGAUCUGAGAGACGCCAUUGCCCUGCUGGACGAAACGUGUCCGAAUCAGGAGCCCAGCCCGUCCCUCACGCCGAGGACACCGAGGACACCGUUGACGCCACACCCGAGGAACAAAAGGGCGAGAUCGAAGAGCAGCGACAAUUCGUCCAGCUACAGCAACGAACGGCUGAACGAUCGAUCGUUCGAGAAAGAGGGCAAAGAGAAGAAGCGACCGUUCCUCAAGAAGAUCGGCAUCUCGAAGACGGAGGACAAACCGUUUCUGGCGAAGCUGGCGCCUAAGAUUAUCGGCAAACCUUAUUUGGAGAAGAUAGGUCCUAGCAAAGCGGUGGAGAAGCCGUUCUUGGAUAAGAUUGGAUCGUCGAAGACGUUGGACAAGUUCACGUUCGAGACUCCGCGUUACGAGAGGAGGGUCGAAACGUGGAAUGAAACGUGUAUGGAAGAUACGGGAAAGGUUGAAGAAGAGGUGAAACCGGAGGAAAGGAGGGGUAUUCAGAAGAGCACGAGGUUGGAGCAGUCGUUUGAUAUUCAACGAAGGAAGUCUGGAAAGGGUACUUUGUUGAAGAUGUAUUCUUUUGAGACCGAGGACUUAGACUCGACCGUUCAAGUGAAGGACAAUCGAGAUCCUCUUCGAGGCGCCUCUUUGGACGACGUUCUGGAUUCUGGGCCUAGCUCUUUGCCAUUGGAGACCACUGCGACGAACGAAUCACCGAAACCAGAAACGAAGGAACGGGUCAGCAACGGGGCUGAAUUGCUCAAGUGUCGCGUCACGACCAGCGAGGAGAUCAUCUUUACGAACACCAGCGUUGGUUCUGACAAGGAGCCUAAUAGUUGGGGAAAUUCGCCGAAGAAGAAAUGGCAAUUUAAGAGAGACUCGUCGACACCGAAAACGCCCGCGCAUCGGAAAGUGAUCCAAAGCUCUCAGAACAUUGAUCAGAGUCAAGAUAGUAUUCCCAAUUCGCCAAUGAAACGUCCCAUUUCAUCCGUUCUUACUGGUCAAAAUGAUUCACAGGCUGAUUCCUCAGAGAAGAACAUUUAUUCUCCGUUGAAGACUAGAAGGCAGACGUACGAAGAUUUGUUAGACAGAAAUGAUAAGGUUCAAGAUGAAAAAGUAGGGAAACAAGCGCAGUUCGAGAGACGAGGUAUCUCCUCGGAUAAUCUUUUGUCCAAGGAUCGCUCUGUUGCCUCCAUUGGAUAUCAAGAGAGUAAUCAGAUUGAGAAAGCGAGAGAAGCAUCGUCAGAGGAUUAUCUGGCACAUAAGAUUGGCCAGGAAUACACGAGGGAAACGUUUAAACAACUUCAGGAUAAGUUUAGGUACCAUGAAAUACCCACUGAAACGUAUGCGGACUUCAAAAGACGCACGAGAGGUAGUGUUCAAAGUAUAAUUGGAAGGCAACAAGAACGAUUGAAGGUAAAUAAUAUCGCGUCAGAUGUUCGUGACGAAAGUUCGAAAGACACUGUGUUGAAAACAGAGGAAGAAUCGGUAAGCUCGACUCCCGUUAAGAUGGAAACAGAUUCGACUUCUGACGACAAGAACGAGAUAGUACGAGUCCAUACAGUCAGAUCGGUAUUGAAGAAACAGCAAGGUAUAGACCAGCCUAGUGAUCAAGAAUUGGAUACCAAUUCGUCUAUAAGACGACCAAAGAGAAGGAUUUUCCACGAACCGUCUCAGGAGACGAUGGACUUGUUGACUGAACUAAGAAAAGUGAAGAGUUUGUUGAAAACUCCAUCGUGGGAGAAGGAUCUCGAGCUGGACAAAAAGCCGGUCCGACAGCCUAAGCGUAUUUUGUUGACCGACAAGGAAUUCUGUCUGUCUGUUGAGCGGGAGAAUAGUAUUCGCCGUCCAUCAAAGGUAAUCAAUUCGCUGCAGAAAACGGAGGAAGGGCAGACGGAUGGGAAGCAAGAAGAUCAAGAGAAAGAAGAACAGAGAGAAGAGGAAAGUGAAGAAUCUGAUAGAAAGAUUCCUGGUCCUGCUCUGUUCGAGAAAAAGUGUUUAUCAUUGGACUAUGCCGAUGACGAGAAACCACAGAGGUCGGAGGCUAGAGCUAUUUCUUUGGCUUCAACUAGGAAUUUGCCUUCAGAGACCGAGGAAAUGAUCGAUUACUCGGACUUGACGUUGAUAUGCGAUUCGAAAAGCUAUUCGUCGGACGUGUUCAACACUCCAACGGAUGAAAUAAACGAGAAAGAGCGCGACAACGAGAGAAACGUUCCGAAGGAGAUGAAUCAGAACCACUGCGUCGAGGUCGAUAUCGCGAUUCCUAUCGAUCAGAGGACGAGCAGUCCGAAGGAUAGGGUGCAAAUUCAAGGGAGGACUAGCGAUCUUUACGAGAUUAUAUCCCCCAGAUCAACACCUUUCCGAGUGAAAAAGAGGCUCGGGAAGAUCUCUGUCGAGGAGACAGUCAAGCCGGAGAGUUUCACCCUAGGUUCUAAGGUCGACUGCCGAUCCACCGUUACCCAGAAACGGACCAAGUGCUUCCCUUUAUAACGCACGCCGACCUGCCAGUGGGCGAAACACUCUCUGACGACAUUCGGUGUUUGUCUUCACUCUGAAGGAAAUUUGAGGCGAGAAUAAUGGCAAAUCUGCCGAUCGCAUUUAACUCUUCUGAGAAAAUUGAUCGGUGCUCGUAGAAUCGAGAAUUGGAACUGUAUGGGGUGGUCAGAAUCAGAGGGGUUAACACAAUUGGUCUGGUUUACUGCCACGCCUUUAUCCUCGCCCUCUAUUUCUGUCAGGGCGAAAUUGGCAACCAAUAUUCGCAGUUGUUGUUCUUGGGGAUAAUUAUCUAAUUCAAUUUUGAUUUCCCUUUUAUUCAUCGACAAAGCACAAGAUAAGAAGAUUAUGCUUCUUUAUCGAAUUUAAAAGAAAGAUUAUUUUUACUUCGUAACAAAUUCGGAACGUUCGUUUCCUCCAAGAUCCGAGUAAUUUGCCACUUUCCAACGUCAAGAGAAAUAAGGUUUCCUUCAGAUCGAGAGUCAAUGGUUCACACUCACGCAGAUAAUAUUCUAAAAUGCAUCCCGACCACUUUUUACGACGUUUCGCGAUAGGAAACGGUUCGAAGAAGCUCGACAGAUCGAUGCGAAUUUUACCACACGGUGUAUUAUAUCCGAACAUCCGACAACGACGAAACGGGUCGCGCGCACACUUCUGCCUGUCGAGCAGUGCCUUGUUCGUGGAUAUAUUUAUUUAGACAAAAAGAGAAAAACCAAAAAAACGAAGAAAAUUAAGCGAAAGAAUUGCGAAAAAUCCUAUCGAAUGAUACUUAAGUAGAAAUGAAAAAAAGAAAAAAAAAAUCAAAAAAAAUAUAUAAUAUAUAUUCCGACUGCGGGCCGGAUUUUCUGAAUGGGUCCACGGAGUUGCGCUUUCAAUCACGCGAAUCACAAAUAUUCUUCGAUGGUUUUCUCCACAAAAACAAACUUUCGCCGAGCUUUCAAAAUCAACGACACAUAACUUAAAAAUCAGAAUAACGCGGCAUUUUUACUCGUUUCACACUUCACUUCACUCCGCCAUAUUUAUGCGCAUGCGUUCUUACGUAUUAGCGUCACGUGAUGUCCCCUUUAGUCCUUUUCCAUGUUUCACACUGUUUUACACAGGAAAAUUUCUUUGAUGGAGAAAUCCAUUUGAUCUAAUAUGGGACGAUCAUAAAAAGAGACUAAAAAAACUCGCGAGAGAGUGCAACUCCCACGCUUGCCAAGCCUAUUCCCUGUUCGGCGAAGCGCGUGACGUUUUAACGACACAAAAAACGUAAUAUAAUAUAUCGGAGAAUAACAGAUUGUUACGUUCCUCUUAUAAUUUUUUAGAGGUAGAUAGGGUUGAUAAACACACUCAAUGGAAUAAUACGGAAAGUAAAGAAAUAUAAAUGUAGAUAUAUAAAUAUAUAUAUACAUAUACAGAUACAUGUAAGAAGAAAUGGUACUUAGAUUAUUAUCGUUACUCCGAUGAAAUAUUUGUACGUAUUCUACUAUAUACAUAUAUAACUAUUAGAGAUUAAAGCGAGUUGGUAUAUAUGAUAUGAUAUAUAUAUAUAUAUAUAUUUAUACAUGCAUACGCGUAUACACCAGGUGACAAGUAUACAAGCGUAUGUGUACCUAAAUAGGUGUACUUGUACGAAUCCUAUAGUUGACGAAAUGUGCCAAACAAAGAUACGAUUUAUUGUAUGUUAUGAAGUUACUUUUAUAUAUAUUUAUACAGAGAGUUUUUUUCUGUAAAGUGUAUAACACCCCGGAUUGAAGAUUCUUAGCAUAUUCUAAGUAGAGAAACUCUGUCAAUGUGUUACACCGUUUUGUCUAAUCAAUAUACAGGAUGAUCCAUAUAUUAUGAUCAUUUCAAAUAUUAUUGUUAUUAAUAGAAAAAAAAAUUAGCAGAAUAAAAAUUUACAGAUUAUUUAAAAAUUAAUACAAUCGGUAUAGAUUAAGGUAUUUUUAAAAAUUGUUAUAUUUCAGUCAAGAUAAUUUAAAAAUUGUUAUAUUUAAAAAAUUUGGUUAUGAUUAAUCUCUAUUUUCAAAUUUUAUAUCUUUACAAUAUUUCAUUACAACAUAUUGUAAAAAAUUAUUAAAAAGUUUUUUCUUAUCAAAAAUAUAAAUAGCAUAUAGAAUAAUUAUGAUCCAUGGAUUAUCCUGCAUAGAUUUUAGAUCAAUAUACAUAUAUACAUAUAUAUAUAUAUAAACGAAUGUGUAUGUGAGUAGAAUAAUAAGAGAACAGAAAAUUCGCGCAGUAUUGUAGAACAGUAAUGUCAAGCUCAAUAACGUCUUCGAUUCGAGGAAUUAUAAAUUUUUUUUAAAAAAACACUCUGUAUUACGUGUGUGCGCGGUUUUGUCCACGCGAUUAUAGAUGUGUAAGUGUGGGUGUCGCGCGCACACGCGACUUGUCCAUUGCACAGGUGAAGGUGCGCGUGCAGAUUACGUGUAUACAUUCGUAUAUAUGAAUAGAUAUCGUUUAUGUGUAUUUUCACGGAUGCACACUGACCGAUUAUAAUUUUAAUUAUAAAAGAUCAUGAUCCAUUUGUGAUACUCCUUCUUGUUCCUCGAUGAAUUUUCAUUUUUUUUUUUUUUUAACAAUUAACUUCGAAAUAUCUUCAAUUAUUUGUAUCAUAUAUAUUUGGAGCAUUUUUUGUAAUUAUUAAUAUUUUGAUCAUUCUCUUUUGAACGUGAAAUAGUUUUUUAUACAUUUAAUCUUUUUAUCUGUGUUUAAGAGCAACAAAUAUUUGGUCGAAUGAAACAUAAUUCACGAUUUUCUUGAAAAUCUUUCCCUCAUAGCGUUUAUACGGUCAGUAAAGUGCAAUCAAAAACCAUGGUGAGGCAGGGUUCACGUUCUAAUUCGGGGGGACAUAAAUCGUCCAGAUCUCUUUCUUAACUUUAACUAUUAAAGAAAAAUGAGAGAAACAUCACAACAGCCAUCCGUCCAUCUUUUCGGCUGUCCAUGCUCGUCAUCUGUGUGUGUACCACGAAAAACACGUGCUUUCUAUCUAUCACAUUUUACAUUUUCUCUUUUCAGAUUAAAAUAUAAAAAGAAUUCAUUAAUUCUUUAUUAAUUCUUUUCGUUAAAUAAAAUUUAAUUUUCUAACGAUAAAAAUUUACGAUAUUAAGCAUUUAGAAAAGAGAUACAAAUUAAUUAAGAUCAACGAACCGUUGGAUGAAAGAGAAAAUUAUUUUUCAAUGUACAAGAAAUGAAAAAAACGAGAUAGAUGGAAAGAUAGUCACGUUCAAAAAUAUAUUUAAAAGAAAAAAAAAACAAUCGAAGGUUCGCGAAGAGGAUCGUUAUAUUCUGGUUUUAAAACUACUGGUUUCUUUCUCGCAGGCGAGAUUUUAGUGGCUGAAAACGAACCCCUAAACUUUUGUCCAUUUGUCACGUAAAUUUUUUUAACUUUUAUUUUAAAAAAGUUUAUGGGGAUGUAUUAGAAAUUUAGCCAUUUUUUUUUAUUUUCUUUCUUUUUUUUUUUUUUUUAUUCCCGCUGGAAAUAUUUUCGCGAUCUACGGGAAUUUUAACAAUUUUACGCUCCGAUUGAUCGGAGAAUUGUUUCUGUAUUCGAUUCGAUUACACUUUACUGAAGAUUUUAUGAAGCUUCAUUGCUAGAAGAGAAACGAAGAUUCUUUAACCUCUUGAGGAAUAAUGAUACAAAUAUAAUAUAACGUGCCAACAUAUUAUCGAUUAUAUUUAAAAAAAAAAAAAAGAAAGAAUAGAAUUUAAUUGAAAUACAAGACAUCUUGAAAUUUUUUCCGAUUAGGUAAAGAUAUUUUAAAUCAAUUCGAAUAAAAGAAUAAUUAUAUUUUUUUACAAUUUUAGCAAAUGAUUAUUGCUGAAGAGGUUAGAAAGAAUUUUCGAUUUGUUAUUCCUAAUAAAUUUUUUCUAUCGUUGUUUAGCUGAAUAGUUGCUAAUAUUUUAAUAUUUUAUGAAAGGCAUAAAAUUAUCAAAGUGUUGGUAUUAAAAUCGACAGAUUUUAAUACUGGAUGAUUGGAUAGUUGUUGUUACAGUAAAGUAUAUAGUAUAUUUUGUUUGUUGUAAAAUAAGGAAAAAGAAACGAAAGAAAUCAAAUCCGCACGUAAGAUCAGAAGAGAGAAGUUAAAUGAAAUUUAAACGUGUAUGAAUACUUCGACUAAAUCGACAAUAUAUACUGUGAACGACCUAACGUUGAGGUUUCUUUCGGACUCGUUAAAGCACGCAUGUACAGUUAUUAGAUUUUUUAAAUGUUGAAUGUUAUGUUAACGAAUUAAAAAUUGUAUUUCUAAGCGAAUGAAUUCCCUUGGAAUAGUAUUAAAACUCGAUAAUGUACUUGUUCGAGUAUCGAGUAUUUAAAUUACGCGCGCAAUUCGCAAGUCGAAUCUCGAAAUUGUGAACGGUUAUGUCUUCGGUAAUGUUUAUUUCAUUUUUACAAUUUUGAAGAUCCUGUACGAUUUUUAAUUUUACGCGCACAGUUAUUUUUGAGAAAUUUUUUGCAUUUUUCUCUUUACCGUAAAUUUUUAAUUUUGAACGAUCGAAGUGUAAGAAAGAAAUAAUGGGACGAAAACCUAAACGAAUAAAAUUUUUUUUUCUUCGUAAAGAGAUUGGACAUUAAAAUAUUCGAAAUUUCACUUCGUUACCACUUGAUGGAACCAUUUGAUGGAACGAAUUUUUAAAAACAUGAGGCAUAAAGCGUUCGAGAAUUUAUUUCCAUAAAAACUCUCCCCACGUUCGCAAUUUCCUACAUUAUUUCGCCCGAAAAAGUACGAAAGCCCAGAAAAAUAUUGAGAAGAAGUUCUAAAUGCAGUCCAUUUAUCAAGUUGAAUUUAAAUGUCGAGCGAAUGAGCGACGUUUUGUAAAUUGUGUGAUAAGUGAUUUAAAUAAAAACACGAGAGAAAAAGAGAGAGAUGUGGUACAUUUUGUGUAACAUUGAUACGUUGUUGUAAAUAAUAAAUAGAUCGUACGUUGUA